CACGAAGAAGAGGAACCGACCGUUGUUCUCUAUCGUUGUAGGGUAAGGCCAACGUGCGGCAUAUUGCGGUGCGGUAGUAUUUAGCUACAUGAUACACGCGUAAUACGCUUGAUAUAAGUAGCUAUAUUUCAUACCUUCUAAAAGUAGCGUGUUCGCGCUUGCAAAGUAAGGUAUUUUAGUAUUAGGUAGGAGUCUGAUAACGUUAAACUGCCUAGCUAAAAAAAAAUCACUGGCGCGAAAAAUCGCCAUUUUGCGCAUUCAACAGUCGAAGACACGCCGCGAGUAAGGCGGAUUGUUGUGCAGAGAAUGGCGGAGGCAGACCGACCAGGCAAGCUCUUCAUCGGUGGGUUGAACACAGAGACCACCGAGAAGGCCUUGGAGCAGUACUUCAGCAAAUAUGGCAGAAUUGUCGAAGUUCUUCUGAUGAAGGAUCGUGAAACAAACAAGUCAAGGGGUUUUGCAUUUGUUACCUUUGAAAGUCCUGCUGAUGCAAAAGAUGCAGCCCGUGAAAUGAAUGGAAAGUCUCUUGAUGGCAAGCCUAUCAAAGUGGAGCAAGCUACAAAGCCUCAGUUUGAAAGUGCUGGCAGGCGAGGUCCUCCCAUGUAUUCUCGGAGUCGUGGUCCACCCAGAGGUCCCCGUGGUUCCAGAGGAGGCAUGAGGAGUCCCCCAUCCAGAGACUACUAUGAUUCAGGAUCAGAUGAACCCUUCUAUAAAGGGUCCAGAGGCCCUCCACCAAUGAAACGGGGUCCCCCAGUUCGUAAUGGAGGUCCACCGAUGAAGAGACCGGCCCUAUCUGGUCCCAUGAACAGGGCCCCGAUGUCAAGGGACAGGGAUUCAUAUGGUCCACCUCGCAGAGACUCAAUGUUGUCCAGGAGGGAUGAUUACCCAUCACCAAGAGAUGACCAUUACAAUCCUAAAGACAGCUAUUCAAAUCGGGACUAUAACUCCAGAGAUUCAAGGGACUAUGGACCGCCCCCCAGAGACUACUCAUACAGAGACUAUUCAAAUUCCAGUUCCCGCGAUGACUAUGGCUCAAUGACGAGAGGAUACAAUGACCGUGAUGGUUAUGGCAGUGGUCGGGAACCCAGAGGCUAUAUGGAUCGUUCAAGUGGUGGCUCCUACAGAGAUUCAUAUGAUGGUUACGGUAACUCACGCAGCGCCCCACCUUCACGGGGCCCCCCACCAUCCUAUGGUGGCGGUGGUGGAAGCAGUCGUUAUGAUGACUAUGGCAGCAGCUCCAGGGAUGGCUAUGGCAGUCGUGACAGUUACCCCAGCAGUCGGAGUGAGCCAUAUCCCUCUAGCCGUGGAGAGCGAAUGGGCAGGCAGGAAAGGGGCCCGGCUCCCCCUGCCGAGAGAGGCUACCCUCCUCGUGACUCGUACGGCUCAAGUCGUGGAGGGCCACGUGGUGGCCGUGGUGGCAAUCGAGUCGAUAGGGGAAUGGCUCGCAACAGAUACUGAAAUGGACUUGGAUGUCACAUAAAGUCAACACGUCUUCGUUCACCCUUAAGUUUUGGAAGAAAUCUGUCAACAAGAUGAAGUAGGCAUGUCUAACUCUGGAGUAGGAAGCUUAGCUUUGUAUCUUGACUUUCCCAGUUUUUUAUGUGUAAAAGUUCAAUUUGUUUUAGGUUUUUUUUUUUUUUUGCUUUGCUUAUGUCACAGUACAGUAGCUAAGUGUUUUUGUACAUUCAGUGCUUUUGGAAACUGCAGUGCCCUAUAAGUAUUGGCUUUCAUACUCUAAUAAAGCUUUUAGUUGAACCUUGACAUCUGCUCCUCGAUUCCUGAACUCAAGACCACUGACAAUAGGAUGUCGAGCAACAGCCGCCAACAUGUUUUAAAUUUAAUUUUUUUCCUCCCAAGUUUUCUAAUGCAUAGGUGAGUGUUUGUGCUCUAUUGGAGUGGAAUGAAUUCAUAACCAAAUGUGCUACCAACUGGACUAUUUGCAAGCUUGGAGAAAUGUUACUGUUAAAAUGUUCUAAUGUAGUUCCCUUGGAAAUGGAUCCAUCACCGUAGAGCAUGCAACGACAAAACCAAAGGCAACAACCAAAAGCAACUCAACUGAUAGUCAACAGCUGGUAAGCAAAGCAAACCUCUUUUUCUCGUCUGUACAUGAGUUUCUCAUUAUCCUGAACUGAAAUCUUCAGUCAAAAGACAACGUUUGCCUCAAGGAACAAAGCAAAAAGGAGUUCAACUGAAAUCAGCCCUGUCACUAUAAUCUUGUUUAUCAGCUAAUUUUUAAAGUACAGAAACGACCAAUGAAGAAUCUUCCCUUAUGAGCAACAAGAUUUAUCAGCCAUUUGAGUCCUCCAGUUAUACCAUUGACAUAGCAAACUUCAAUGAAAAGAUUGGCAUCAUGGUAUAUGUAUGUGUUUAUUAAGUGAAAGCAAAUUAAGACAAUAAAAUUGGGAACUAUUUUCUCAAUACUAAAAGCUGUUCUACAAUCAUGCCAAUUCAAAUACUGGAGCCUCCUGGAGAAACUUCAUCAACCUAACAGGCAAACUGGACACAACGACUGAAGCGAACUUGAAGUUGGAUUGAGGACAACACUGUCUCACCCAUUUUAUCAAUACAUGUUUAGAGAAAGGGCAUUGUGUUAAUAUGUUUUUUCAUUGCAGGAUGAACAUCGCUUACAG